AUGAGUGGCAGCGAUGAGAGCGCCUCGGGCUCCGGCAGCUCCUUCGCACCCAGAGCGCGGCGCCGCUUUGUCCCGCAGGCGCCCGUGGCCUUCGAGGACGUGGCCGUGUACUUCUCCCCCGAGGAGUGGGUGCUGCUGGCGGGCUGGCAGCGGGAGCUCUACCAGGAGGUGAUGAUGGACAACCACGACCUGGUGGCCUGCCUGGGCUCGGCUGGCCCCGUGUCCAAGCUCGUCCACAAAACUGAGCAUGGCGGGGAGCAGCGCUGCGGUGGGGACCCCCAAGGGGAGCGGCACAGGGGCACCCCGGAGCCCCCGACCGUUGCUGCCUGGGCCGGGGGCACUGGAGCGGCCGCGGAGGCGGCGCAGGAGGGCGCGCAGAGCCACUGGGAGCCAGCGGCGGCCGCGGCGCUGGCGCUGGGCGAGCUGGCGGGCUGGAGCGGCGCGUGGGCACGUGCUGCAGGGCCGCUCCUCUGCGGCGCCCGCGGGCAGGGCCACGAGGACGGCGCGGCGCUGGACGCGCACGAGCGGCUGCGCGGCGGCCCCGCGGCCCCGCUGCGCUGCGCCGCCUGCGCCAAGCCCUUCCGCCACCGCCGCAACCUCCUGGCGCACAAGAUGCAGCGCGGGCGCAGCCGGCACGCGUGCGCCGAGUGCGGCCGCUCCUUCUGCGUCAAGGGCGACCUGCUGCGGCACCGCGCGGGCCACGCGGGCCAGCCCGCCAGCGGGCGCCGCAAGUGCCCCGAGUGCGAGGAGCGCUUCGAGGACGAGGCGAGCCUGAGCCGGCACCGCGCGGCGCACGGCGACGAGCGGCCCUUCGCCUGCGGCCGCUGCGGCCGCCGCUUCAGCUGGCGCGAGAGCCUCGUGAUCCACCUGCGCAGCCACGGCCCCGAGCGCUGCCACACGUGCGCCGAGUGCGGCCGCAGCUUCAGCCGCUGCGUCAACCUGCUCAUGCACCAGCGCGUGCACACGGGCGAGCGGCCCUUCGCCUGCGCGCACUGCGACAAGGCCUUCUGCAACAAGGCCAACCUCAUCACGCACAGGAAGCUGCACCGGCGCCCCAGGGCCUUCGCCUGCCCCGCGUGCCCGCGCGGCUUCCGCUCCAAGCGCCAGCUGCUCUCGCACCAGCGGGCGCACGGAGAGCGGGACAAGGGCACCCACGCACCGGGCGACACGGAGCCAGGCUUCCAGGCGGAGCUGGGCUGUCCGUGA